CAUGCACCACGAAUCAUGUGUUUAAAAAGACCAUGGAGAAGGAGCUUGAGCUAAUGCAGGUUAACUUUGUGUUGGUAUCUACACAUACUGCAUACUACUAUGGUCAAUCUCUAGUCGGCCAGUGUCAUUAAUCACCUAGUUGUAAUAACCAAGUGACAAGAAGAUACAACAAACAGGUACUGCAUAUAAUCUUUACGCUCUAUUACAAUUGAGAUUUUCCAAGGGUCAUCCAUUAGCUUCCUUGGUCUCUAAUACUCCCUCAGUCAAGAUGCCUGAACAGACAUCUCCAGCUUCCAAGGCUAUUGAUGAUUUGAUCGAUCGGCUAGUAGGCCUCAAAGGUAGUAUUGAUAGCGACCCCAAAGCAAGCGAUGAGGCAAUAUCGCUGAGCAAAAGUCUUAUCCAUCAUCUGGAGAAGCCAGAGAAGAUGGCCCUUGAUAUGAUCUAUGCGCCGUUUACCCCAAUCGCCGCAAGAAUUGCAGUUGAGAUGAACUUGUUUCGGUACAUCUCCGAGAAGGGUGGACCAAUAACAUCCCAUGAACUUGCAUCGCUAUCUGGCGGAGAGGAAGAGCUCAUUAUACGACUACUUCGAGUGCUAGUCCCAGUCGGGUUAUUAGAUGAGGUGGGCGAGAGAACAUGGGAAGCGAAACCAGUCACCCACGCAAUGGCUUCGGAGGGAAUUGCGGCAGGGUACAGGAUGGUGGGUGAGAUUUUGAUGACGGGUGCACAACAAAGCCCAAAAUACCUUCGAAACAACGGGUACCGUUGCCCAACUGACCCGAGAGCUGGCUUCAUACAGUAUGCGUUCAAUACAGACUUGACCACUUUCGAGCUGAUCAGCACGAUGCCGGACACGUUUAGAGACUUCAAUGCCUUUAUGGGAAGGGAAGUGGGUGCUAGGAAGAAGUGGCUGGAAUGGUAUGAUGUCUCCGGUAGGCUGAUGCACGACGCGAGACAAGACGUACCCUUACUCGUCGAUGUCGGCGGCGGCAAAGGCCAUGACUUGGUGCGGUUCCUUGGGGUUCACCCUGGUGUAGGGCGUCUAGUCCUUCAGGACCUUGAGACUGUGCUACACUUGGCUCCUCAGCUUCCUAGCGAGAUCGAAAAGAUGCCGUAUGACUUCUUCACAGUGCAGCCAGUGAAAGGGGCUAGGGCGUACUUUUUCCAUCACAUCUUCCACGAUUGGUCCGAUUAUAAAUCAUUGGAGAUUCUCGAACAGGUUGUAAAAGCGAUGACGCCCGGUUACUCAAAGUUACUCAUUCAUGAAAUGGUUGUGCCCGAAAAGGGGGCAGGCAUAGUGCAUGCCACGUUGGACAUUGCCAUGAUGUGCUUCGGCGGAGGCAAAGAGCGAACAGCAAAGCAGUGGAAAGAGUUACUUGCAGGUGCUGGGCUAACAAUCUCGGGAAUUUGGCCAGGCCCAGAAGCUGGCGCCGCAGGCAUAAUCGAAGCCAUGGUUGUAGUGUAGAUCGUUUUCACUGCCCAGCCAGUUGAUGGACUUACCUAUCUUGUUUGCAUAUAAUAAAGGACGAGGUUAAAUCUGCAGUUGGUCCCACACUGGAUCUGCAGUAUACAGCUGCCUGCAGCUGCUACAGCCUGUAACGCGCUAUCAGCACCGUUUUUUCCAUACUAUCUACACCUUCCUACACCUAUCUUACUUCACUUCUAAACUUUAAUAACCCUUACAAUUUAUUAACUUAUUUACUUUUAUAAUUUAUAUAUAAAGUUAUUUAUAUGAA